UACAAAAUGCAGCAUAAAAUUCUAAAUUCGAACAUUCGAAACAUUUCAAAAGCUUUCAACGUAUAACCUCCAAUAUUCAUAGAUUAUUUAACGUGUACACGGUGGCAGAGAAAUCUGGCAUUUGGUAUGCAAAACUUAAUACCAUCAAUUUCUCCACAAAUUUGUGACUUCGAAUAUUUAAAAAAGCGGGUUGAACGACAGCGUGAUACGAUUUUACGAAACAAAAGAGAAUUACAUUUUACGUCACUCUUUGACCGAAAAAUCGCGAGCAAUUCGUGAAACGUCGCAACCAGCAAGAUUUCACUAUUUUUGACAGGAGACAUCGGCUGGUUUUCACGCUUUUACCGGGGAAAAAAGUAUUCGGAAAAUGGACGUAACGCUUCAGAAACACGACGCUAAACACAUAUACAAAGUGCCGGAAGGCUUGCGAGAAUUGUGCGCCGACAUAUCUCGCGAGGUUCUUCGUUUGCAGCCGGCCAACCUGUACGCUUUUAUCGCCGAAUACGUGGACACGCUUCUCAUCACGCGCGAAAACACGAAAAUCGCGGUCAAAGUCGUAAACAACAUUCUGCUCGGUAGCCAGGCAAUUCUGAGCAUACUUUACAGUAGUGGUUUCACUUUGGAGCAGAUCGCUGUCGCGGCUCCACGAAUUCAAGUAAAUUUCAUUAUCGCGUGCAACCACGCUAAUCGAUGCCCUGUACGAUACUUUUGUGUGCCAUUCUUCUUUUCUGUUGUUCCGCAGAGAGCAUUCCGCGAGUUCUUGGACGCGGUUGACACGCAACCGGUGCAAAUAUGCGAAGAUUACUCCUUGGACGACCAAUCCAUGAUGUCGAUACGAAGCAUCCUGGAAGCCACAGGAGCCACACGCGAAGACGCAGAACGAGCCGCGACAGUCAUACAAGUUCAUAUCCGUAAACGACUAUAAAAUAUACUUUCCCGACAAAAUGAAA